GAAGUAGCGACGAAGGAGGACCAAUCAGAGGCGUUUGAAGUUGAGUGUCUCGCCGGCAUCGUCAGGACUCGCAGGUGUGGAUUUUAACGCGUGUCGUGUUGAAGAUGUAAAUAUUGUAUUUUUACACGACGUGAUGUGGGACGUGGGACGAGCCAUUGAGCGUGAAAUCGACACAACUACCGUCAGGCCCAGAGAGGGCUGGCAGGUGUACAGCUCGGCCCAGGAUGCAGACGGCCGCUGCAUCUGCACGGUGGUGGCGCCAGAGCAAAGUUUGUGCUCCAGAGAUGCCAAAAGCAGGCAGCUCCGCCAUCUUCUCGAGCAGGUGCAGAACAUGUCUCAGUCCAUUGAGGUGCUGAACCUGCGAACCCAGAGGGACUUGCAGUACGUGAUGAAGAUGGAGAACCACAUGAAGGGUCUGAGGACCAAAUUCAGGCAGAUUGAGGAUGACAAGAAAGCUGUCGUGGCCAGAAACUUCCAGGAGCUCAAAGACAAGAUGGAGGAGCUGAAGCCAUUGAUCCCAGUGUUGGAGCAGUACAAGAUGGACGCUGCGCUGGUCUCCGACUUCAAAGAGGAAGUCAGGAACCUGUCGUCAGCGCUGACGAGCAUCCAGGAAGAAAUGGGCGCUCACGACUACGACAAACUCUACCAGCGUGUUGUGCGUCUGGACCACAGGCUGCGCAGCUGCAUGGGCAAGUUAACAUGCGGGAAAUUAAUGAAAGUCUCUGGACCCGUCACAGUCAAGACCUCUGGGACUCGGUUCGGGGCGUGGAUGACGGACUCGCUGGCGUCAACAAGACACAACAGAGUCUGGUACAUGGACGGUUACACCAACAGCAAGAUCGUCCGGGAGUUCCAAACAAUGGAGGACUUCAUGGCGGGGGUGGUGGCUCGCAGCUACAGCCUUCCCUUCAAAUGGGAAGGAACCAAUCACAUCGUCUACAACGGCUCUCUCUACUACAACAAGUACCAGAGCAACAUCAUCGUCAAGUACUGCUUCGAGACCGGCACAGUUCUGGCCCAGAGAGCUUUGGAAUUUGCCGGCUUCCACAACAUGUACCCGUACACGUGGGGAGGCUACUCUGACAUCGACAUCAUGGCGGACGAGCUGGGCAUGUGGGUGGCCUACGCCACCAACCAAAACGCCGGCAAUGUGGUCCUCUCCCAAAUGGACCCCGUCACCCUGCAGGUCCUGAACACCUGGAACACGGAGUACUCCAAAAGGAACGCGGGGGAGUCCUUUAUGAUCUGCGGGACUCUCUACAUCACCAACUCUCACCUGUCCGGUGCCAAGGUCUACUACGCCUACUCCACCAAGACGUCCACGUACGAGUACGUGGACAUUCCUUUCCUCAACCAGUACUUCCACAUCUCCAUGCUGGACUACAACGCCAGAGAGCGAGUGCUGUACGCCUGGAACAACGGACACCAGGUCUUGUUCAACGUCACCCUCUUCCACGUCAUAGAGACCGAUGACGGCUCUUAAAGCUCAUCACAGUUGUGGAGAAUGGCUGUAGUUUUCUAACAUGAAGACUGUUGAAUGGAGCAUGAAGAACAUCUCCAUUGUUGACUGGCAUCAAUGUGGAGCUUAUAUGUUUGCAUGUUGCUACAGCGUCUCAUCACACUGCAAUAUGAAGUCUAUUCUCUUGCUACUUAACCCCACUUUUUGACACUUAGAAAAAAUCCUGACUUUUUUACACUGUGACAAAAAAAUUCCGACUUUUUUGACAGUUAGAAAAAAUCCAGACUUUUUGACACUUAAAAAAAUCCCCACUUUUUGACAAAAAUAUCCCAACUUUGACACUUAGAAAAAAUCCAGACUUUUUGACACUUAGAAAAAAUCCAGACUAUUUGAUACUUGGAAAAAAAUCCCCACUUUUUAACACUUGUAAAAAAAAUCCAGGCUUUGAGACAAAAAAAUCCCCACUUUUUGACAAAACAAUUUCCGACAUUUUGACACUUGG